CCCAAGAUCGCCUUCUACGCCGGCCUCAAGCGGCAGCACGAAGGCUACGAGGUGCUCAAGUUCGACGACGUGGUCACCAACCUCGGGAACCACUACGACCCCACCACGGGCAAGUUCACCUGCUCUAUCCCGGGCAUCUACUUCUUCACCUACCACGUCCUGAUGCGCGGCGGGGACGGCACCAGCAUGUGGGCUGAUCUCUGCAAAAACAACCAGGUGCGUGCCAGUGCAAUCGCCCAGGAUGCUGAUCAGAAUUACGACUAUGCCAGUAACAGCGUGGUUCUUCACUUGGAGCCAGGAGACGAAGUCUACAUCAAAUUAGAUGGUGGGAAAGCCCAUGGAGGAAACAACAACAAAUACAGCACAUUUUCUGGAUUUAUCAUUUACGCUGACUGAUAAUGCAGGAAUUAAGUUUAUUAAUCUGAGUUUGGACGCUGGAUUCGUAUGGCUAACAUCAGUGAAUCAAGGAUCCCAGGGGAAUGCCAGUUGUGGGGCACCUCAGUUGUGUAUAUGUGGGGAAUUCAAAUGCUACCUGACUCACAUCUGCAUUCUCAGAAACAUUAUGUAAAAAAAUAUUAAAAGCAAGAUAAGCAGAUGUGUGAUCCACUUCCGCCAAAGCAAAUACUCCUUGUUAUUAGUGUCCAUGUGAAUGAAGUCCUAUAUAGAUCACAAAUUUUUAUAGAAAAAUCUAAGACACUGAAUUAUUUCUUCAAUAUAUAUGAUACUUUGGUGUACCGUGAUCCUGCUGCUCUUAUCCAUGUCAGCUUUGGUUCUUGUGAGUGUACCUGCUUAUUACGAUACUUGGAUCCCAUUCAUAGUGUAGGAAGGAAUGAUUUUACCCUGCAGGAGGAGGUCUAAUCAAAAUAAUGCUGCUUGUCCCCAAAGAAAUUGUUUGCCUUGUACUCUUGUGAACUUUAGAGCUAGACCUGGGAAUGAUUCAACUUCAAGCCUUAACCUGGAAUUUCCUGGAUUUGACGGAAUUCCCAAGCCUAUGGUUAUUUUCCCAUUUUCUUUUUCUUACGCAUUUUCUUUUUUCUCUUUAAUGGUGAUAGUCUUUUGAAGUAGAAAUUGAAAUUGUAUCAUAGGAUUACCCUAUAAGUGUGAAAAUGUGUAAUAUGUAUGGUAUUUAGAAAAUCCCCUACGUACCCAUUUUGUCACUAGAAUGUGUUUAGAUUUACUUGGAAAGUCAGAGAAAUUUAUUCUUUGGUGUUAAAUCAGACUGAGGCUUUUGUCUACUUUGGAACAAAAGAUUACUCAUAACCCAAUGCACAAAGGUUUAAUUUGAGCUACUGCAUGCAUCACCAAUGGACGCUAAGUAAGGCUUUCAAAUAGUAACUGACUAAAGUUGUGGCCUGAGGUUAUUUCAAAAUGAACAAUUUCACAUAUAAACAGUAUGACAACAAAGUGUAUAUAUUUUAUAGGAAUACCUGUUACAUAUAU